UAAGAGGAUCUAGUUAAUGUGUGGAGACCAUUGAGAUAGUUCUUCUUUCAAUACCAUGUUAUUUGUUUUACUCUGUGCAGUUAGUUGAAACUCUCUCAGUAAUGCAUUUGGCACACUGCGGAAUAACGCCGACGCAAUAUUGUGUGGUGAAGGACAUGCAGUUCUUCUUCUGUCGAGAUUAAAUAUUUAUGUGGUGGAUUACGUCAUAAUUCGGUCGGAUCUUUUUCGAAGCAAAACGUUCGUUUGACAAAGGAUCAGUGUGAAAUAUAAUAUACAGAAAAAACCUGCUCAGGGUUACCUAUACGGGAUGACAGGAGAUACAAAUUAACAGCAACUGGUAACCUGAGGUAUCAACAUAACCUAUUUGUGAAUGAUAAGGAGAAAACGACCUAUAUUUGAAUUAUAAGCUGUGUAUUUUAAUAGCUCCGUGUCUACAGAGAUGUGAUAUGUUAAGGUUUUAGAUAAUCCGAGGAAAAAACACAGCUUCACAGGGAAUUAACUCACCAAUAUCAAAGUAUAUGGAUUCAGAGAUUUGAUUCACAACAUGGUGACAUGAAUCAUGGAUUUUUUAAAAUUCUACUGAGAUUGAAGGUAUCAGAUAAUUUCAUAUGAAUUUGAAAAUAUUGCCAGGACUCUGUUUGUUAUCCAGUACUUUUCUAUGCAAAAUUAGUGACACAAUAUCUGCCAACAUAAAGAUGUCAGCGUUAUCUAGUGAAGUUUUUACCUGUCUAAGUGACAGUGUAAAGUCCAAUCAGAACCACUGAGUUCCAGAUGAGAAUUGGUUUUCAUUGACAGACACCAGCGAUAUUUAGAUCUAAUUGGAUUUCUUAGCCCAUAAAGAUAUCGGAAAUUGUGCAUUAUUCUUUGAUCACUUUGGAAUUGCAAAGCCUUUGAAGAUUGAUAUAUGAAAUGAAGCAAAAUGUUGAGUGAUCGCCAAUGAUUUGUUUUGUCGCCUAUCAGUAAGGAAUAUCAUUUGUGCAGGUUCUCUCGGAAAAAUCAUUAUCUAAGUUCAAUUUCACAAUGAGUGAUCAAAGUGACAAAACUUAAUUGGAGUUAAUCUCAUCCUGAGGAAGGAAUUGGAAUUUUGUGACAUAAUCAGGAAGAUUCUUGAUUCCUUUGGAUUAAAACCUUCAACAUGAAUUACCUAUCGCCACAAGAUCGUAGUCAGAGACCGCGUCGACGAUCGUUGGCGCAGUUGUAUACACUACCGGUCAUUCCAGACAACGAUGAACCUGUGGAUUUUAACCAGGAACUGACGGAGGAAGAAGUGCGACAGAUGAUUAAACGUCAAAGUAAACGACGAGGUUCUUGUCCCGUCAACCCCAAGGAUUUAAGUGCUUUCGCCAUGCCUCUCUUGGAGCCGGAUGUUCGGGAUGUGGCAAACGAUUUUCCUGAUGGUGAAUUUCGUCCACGGGCAGGCUCAACAGGUCUUAGAGGCCUUUUCUCAGGGAAAGCCCGUCAGCGUAAUAAGUCAGGGGAAGACUUCAAGGAAAGUAAAGGGAGUUCACCGUCUGGAAGUCACAGUGCGUCGUCAAAAGUAAAAAAUUUCUUUGAUCAGUUUAGACCUCGAUCAAAAUCAGAUUUAUCAGGUGUUAAAAAACCAGGGAAAAAGCACAGUGCUACCUCACCGGCCAAUAAAAUGGACCAUUCUAUGGAUGAAUCACAAUUAAGGGAUUCAUUAAUGAAUGCAAGGAUGAAUGAGCAUGGACCCAAACCCCAGGGGGCUAGUACGCCAAUGGGGCAGAUUCUUGAGAACCAGUUGAUGGUCCCACGAAACGAUGGUCGGACUCGACAUGCUUCUAGUCCAGCCGACUUGGUGUUGAAUAGAUACCGUGCUCGUUCAAAUUCGGAUUCUAAAACAAAAUCCCCUAGGAGACCGCUAGUCCACCAGAGAAGUAUAAGCCCGCCUAAUUCACCUUUACUCUCGCCCUUAAAGUCAUUUUCAUCAUCAUCAUCCUCCGAGCCUAAAUCAGCGCCCCCUUCGUUGACGCGGCCCCCCUCAUUGUCCAACAAUGACCACACCCACGCCAUUGUCUACAAAACCGAUCAUCACAAGUUACUGAACUCAACUGAGAAAAUGGAGAUAGAAGACUUGGAUGAGAAUGAGGACCAGGUAUUUGUAAAAUUCAUGCGGGCACACAAAUGCUACGACCUCAUUCCAACCAGUGCAAAGCUUGUCAUCUUUGAUACCCUGCUUAAUGUAAAAAAGGCAUUUUUUGCGCUGGUGUACAAUGGUGUUCGGGCGGCUCCUCUCUGGGACAAUGUUAAACAGGAUUAUGUUGGUAUGCUGACGAUAACAGACUUCAUAAACAUUCUACAUAAAUAUUACAAGUCUCCAGAGGCACGAAUGGAUGAACUUGAAGAGCACAAGAUAGAGACUUGGCGGGAGGAGCUGAAGGACAAACAGAAACCGUUUGUGUACAUUGACCCAGAUGCUAGUUUGUUUGACGCUAUCAAGACUCUGAUCGACAAACAUGUACACAGACUUCCAGUCAUCGACAGACCGUCGGGCAACGCAAUCUACAUCCUCACUCACAAACGGAUUCUGCGAUUUCUGUAUCUUUAUAUCAAUGAACUACCAAAGCCUAGCUAUAUGCAGAAGACAUUGAAGGAGUUGUCCAUAGGAACAUACAACAAUGUUAUCACGGCAACAACAGACACACCGCUGUUCAAGGCCCUGAACAUGUUUGUGGAACACAGAAUAUCGGCACUUCCUGUCCUCGACGCUAACAAACGUGUCGUCAAUAUAUACGCCAAGUUUGACGUCAUCAAUCUGGCAGCGGAGAAGUCUUACAAUAACCUAGACAUAACAGUGGAACAAGCUUUACAGCAUCGGGAACAGGAGAAUUGGUUUGAGGGAGUUGUGACGUGUCAGGAGACUGACUCACUAGAUUCUGUCCUGGAGAAGAUUGUCAGAGCAGAGAUCCACCGUUUGGUGAUCACAGACAAUGACAUGCACGUGGUUGGCAUGGUGUCUUUGUCCGACAUACUUACGUUCUUAGUUCUCACGCCGUCAGGAUUUGAACCGUCGUUAAAGACAUCCUGAUUUCUACCGUAUUUGAUGACUUGAAUAACUUAAUGUUGACUAGUUCAACCUAGAGGGAGGCAGUGUGGGGUAUUGGAGCUGUCAAUCACCAAAGUUGGUGAGGCUUCAGAUAUACCGGCCAAUUACUAAGAGUCGAUGCAUCAAUUGGGAGAACCAUGGAGAGGAGGACGGUCAAGUGUCCAUCACAGCACGACGUUCCGACCAAUGGAAGGAGCUUCAGUGAGGAACAGGAUUGAUUAUAGUCGAGGCAGUGAAGAUGAUGGAGACUCUAUAUCAUUCUUUCAUAGGUUUUUUAAUUGGUCAGACAUCAUUACACCAUGAUUUAUAUCAAGAAUGAUAAUUAAAACAUAUUAAAGAGUGUAGAUAAUUUAUUACUAUUUUUCUGAUGAAUGAUUUUUUUAGAGGCUGACAUGUGGUCAGGUGAUAAUCGAGCUUCUAUUCACUUUCGUCAGGUAUUUUGAAUAUUUGAGAUAAGUUUAAUGUCGCUGACAGAGCCGAGGAUUUCAUUUCCAAUAGCGAGAUGUGAUUUUGUCUGAUAUGCUCAAAUAUUUGUUCAUCAGUCAAAACGUCACACAUGUAGA